AUGUUGUCCCGAGCAAUCGGACGUGGCCUCCGCGCCAACCAGUCAGUAACGAACUUCAGCCAGAGGACAGGUUUGUAGGGUUCUUUUGCUGAUUCUUUUCUUGCACGAUGGGCACGACACUGAUGUUUGAAGAUCAAGAUGUAGAGAGCACGCAUACCCAAUGUGUAGUAGAGCUCCUUCAUGUAUACCGGCAAUCGCUGAUACAUACAACUCAAAUUACUUUGAAAACUUCGAACUAUCAGCCCAACGCCAGUUCGCCGACGCUGCCGCCAAGCCAAAGGCGCUAGGCCAGAGCACGGCGACGCAAACACCCAUUCUGUACUACAACAGCACGCAACAAGCCACGUCGUCGAUCAAUCACCGCAUGUUCUACGUGAACGUCGUCGGUAUGAUACGAUGCGAUCGAUUGAUUCAUUAUUCUGUAUCAAAUCUUGUUUAUGAUGUUUUCCACUUCUAUCACUGCAGCGCGCAUGAGAAACUUUCACAAACCACAAAAACUAACAGCAAUGAUGGCGGUCGCGGAUGCCUUCAAUACCCUGGUGGACUUUUGAAG